AUGGGCAUCCCCGACCAGGUUGUUGUCCUUUUGUGCAUCUUGGGUGCCGCCGCGUCUGUCACUGUUGGCUUCGCAUUUCAGAGGCUAUUCGGAAGGCCCGAUUCGGAUGAUGGGAAUUUCAACCACAAGCAACCAGAGCAAGAUGCGUACAUGAGAGAGGAAUGUCAUGAUGGCCUUUGGGGAUACCAGGCAGCUGCAUCCCCCCCAUCCUCGGGAGAUAUGAGGAAUGGCUCAGUUGGUACGAAUCAUGAAGACAGCGCCGUCAAAAUGCUUGCUUCCCCCAGGCUGCCAUCUGAGGUGGGCGCUUUUCAAAAGAAAGAGGACAAGGAAUGGAUAUCCGAGACAAUGCUGAGAUGGGAUGGGCGGCAUUUGGCUUGGACAGGUGCUUGCGAAGUCUUGGUGGUCAUGCAAUACAAUGCAAAGCAAUAA